GGCGAUCAAACUGAACCGGGAGAAUCGUGAAAAUAACGUAGCGGAAUUAAGAUCUUUUUCCGGUUCCAUAUAGCGUUGCACGCACGAAAUCAUGAAGGCGAAGGGGGAAUUGAAGGAAUAUGAGGUGAUUGGGCGUAAAUUGCCCACUGAAAAGGAAAAGACAACUCCUUUAUACAAAAUGAGGAUAUUUGCACCUGAUGCAAUCGUAGCAAAAUCACGAUUUUGGUAUUUCUUGCGCCAACUGAAAAAGUUUAAGAAAUCAACUGGAGAAAUUGUUUCAUUGAAACAGAUUCCAGAAAAGACACCCAUAAAGAUUAAGAAUUUUGGAAUCUGGCUGAGGUAUGAUUCCAGAUCUGGUACACAUAACAUGUACAGAGAAUACCGUGAUCUAUCUGUUAGCGGAGCAGUAACUCAAUGCUAUCGUGAUAUGGGAGCACGCCAUAGAGCACGUGCUCAUUCUAUCCAAAUAAUCAAGGUGGAGGUCGUAAAAGCUGCAAAUUGCCGCAGACCUCAAGUAAAACAAUUCCACGAUUCUAAGAUCAAAUUCCCAUUGCCUAAACGCAUCCAACAUCGCAACCGUAUGCCGUUAUUCAGUGUUCGAAAACCACGUACCUAUUUCCUUUAAGGAACGAUGUUAUAACAACUCUUAUGUGCUAAAGAAAAUAAAAAUGCAUUUCCAAUGUG